GACACAUCCAUGCUCGCUCUCACUCUGUCUCCAAUUGCUCGAUGCUGCAGCUUCCGUCACUUUAUUUCGAGCAGCAACCGCAGCAACAGUCAUGGCGACAGUCGUCCAGCCGCUCACACUGGACAGAGAUGUGGCUCGUGCUAUUGAAUUACUGGAGAAGCUGCAGGAAUCUGGAGAAGUGCCAGUUCACAAGUUGCAGUCACUGAAGAAGGUGUUACAGAGUGAAUUUUGCACUGCUAUUAGAGAGGUCUAUCAGUAUAUGCAUGAAACCAUAACCAUCAAUGGCUGUCCAGAAUACCAGGCACGGGCAACUGCCAAGGCCACGGUGGCAGCAUUUGCUGCAAGUGAGGGUCAUUCCCAUCCACGAGUAGUGGAACUUCCCAAGACUGAUGAAGGUCUAGGCUUUAACGUCAUGGGAGGAAAAGAACAGAAUUCUCCAAUUUAUAUUUCACGCAUCAUUCCUGGUGGAGUAGCAGAGAGGCAUGGGGGCCUCAAGCGAGGAGACCAACUGCUGUCUGUUAAUGGAGUGAGUGUUGAAGGAGAACACCAUGAAAAGGCAGUGGAACUGCUGAAGGCAGCUAAGGACAGCGUCAAGUUGGUAGUACGAUAUACUCCAAAAGUACUUGAAGAGAUGGAAGCUCGAUUUGAAAAGCUGAGAACGGCACGCCGCAGACAGCAGCAGCAACUCCUCAUACAACAACAGCAGCAGCAGCAGCAACUGCAGACACAGCCAGCCCAGCAGAAUCAUAUGUCGUAGGUUUUUCUUCAGGAAGAAAAAUUAGAGGAGAUUUGCAUUCAAGACAAAGCAAACAAACCCAGAAGGAUCAUCUGCAUCUGACAGAGGUUUAAUGAGUAUGAAGCUAAAAAAAAAAGAAAGAACUGGAAAUAACUGUAUGUGACUUUGUUUAUCCAAGCCUACUGUGUACCUCUAGUUGUUAGCAGUUGUGAAAUGAAAGCUACGUGGAGCCAAGCUGAAUUGUGUACACUGGUGCUCUUAAAAAUGACAUAUGUAUAAAUAUAUUUAUAUAAAUAACCUCAGACAAGGGAAGCAGAAAUGCUUGCUAUUUUUCAUUUUACUGUAAUAGUUUGUGAAUAUGGAUUUAUUAAUCUUUUCAACAAAUGAAACACCCUUUUAUAGGAUUGUGAUAUUUCCUUGUUGAUUUGUUUUGCUAGAAUUUAUAUAUUAUUUAUUUCUGAUACCGCCUUUGUGAAUCUCUUAUAUAAAUUAUGUGAAUGGAUAUUAAACUGUGUGUUUAAAAUCAUUUAUUUUAACAGAUGUAAUUUUAAUAGACAAAGCAUGCAAACUUGUCAAAGAUGAAUUCAAUGUAAUUUUAUAAAUAAAUGACAUAGUAGUUAUAAAGGGUUCAUUAUUUAUAGCUGUGGUUGCCCAAGCUGGUUUUUUAUGUGUUAAUCACAUUGUUUCUAAUAUGAUUAUGAUAUAUCUUUGGUAUACGAUAGCAGACCGUUUUCAGCAUCAAAGGUUUACAUCCAUUUUCAGAACCUGCUUACUCCAAUUUCAACCUGGGAUCAGAGCCACUCAUGAGCAAGGCCGUAACCCGAGUCCUUCACUGGACACCAUCACACACUUAACACCCAAGAUCACUCGUUCUAGGCUGAUUUAGAGUCACUGGUGAUCCUUAGCUCUACGUGCUUGGAAGACCAAUUAGAGAAAUCCCACACAAACCCAGGGAGAGUGUGCAUACUCCACACCUACGGCAGCCAAAACAGGAUUUGAGCUCAUUCUCCAAGAGCCGAGAGGCAGCCAUGCCAAAUAUCAUGUCAUCACACCGCCAUCACAUAUGAUCAGUGAGGUCUGAUCUUUGAAUAUAGUAACCAUACUGUAUAUGUAUCUUCUACAAGAAAACCAUCAGGUAAAGUAAAAUGUAUAGAUUGCUUGUUCUUUAUUAAGUAUCAUUUAUUAGACGGAAGAGGUUUCACUUUUAUCAGAUGAAAUGCUACAUAGCUUCCAAAAUAUUUGGCUGUUUAAAUUUUAUUUUGUUAUACAGACUAGGACAGGGUGAAACUUGACAAUUUAUUUACCCUUUCUACCCAGAAAGAGUUAACAUUUUUAUUAAUGUAAAACAGAAAAAAAAACAAAUAAAUAUAUUGUGAUGGAUGAAACUGUUUAUACCAUCCUAAACUGGAAAAAAAGACCAUAACAUUCCAUAACUUUUUCAAGAACUAGGAAUUUAUUCAACCUGAAAUACACAAAGCAAGGAAGAUAAAAGGUUAGAUCAGAAAGUAACAAGUAAUGAAAAUCAGAACAUAAACCCCAACAACCCUGUUGGACACACAGUACGCUACAUAAGCCCCUGCUUAUUAUGUGAUGUGGCUUGCCCACCAUCCUAAACACCGCGGCUCAUGUACGCCACUACUUUUCCAUUCCCAGUCUCUGUCCUUCUUGCUAUUAUCUUGCUGUUUGGACUCACUGUCUGGUAUUUUUGGGCUAUGCCUUAGAAUUCCAUCCAGGGUACAGAACAUCUGGUCCUGAGGCCAUUUUCUCUUGGGCCCUCUGGUGGCUUCAGGUAACACUGCAUUCCUAAACCCAAUAUACACUCUUAAAAAUAAUGGUUCUUUAGUUGCACUAUAGGGUUCUUUACUGGGUUUUGUGGUUUCUCAUAGAGCCAUUGUUUGAUAAACCAUCAUUUCAGUCUGGAAAGGAUUCUUUGCUUAUGAAGUUGGUUCUUUGUGCUUUGAAAAACAGCCUAAUAUGAAGAAAAGAAUGAAAUGUUUAAUGUAUAUUAGGCUACACUAACAGAUUAAGAAGACCUGAACUUAGCCUGUGGUAUUAUAUGCCUUUUAAAAUUAGGAACCCAUUGAAAUUUCACAAAUCAUUUAUCAUCAAUUCAUGAUUAUUUAUGAAGCCUGUUACACAUCUAAAUAAAUAAAUGUUCUUUCUGGAACGUUCACAUGGAUGGGUCUUUUAGGAAACAAACAUGGUUUUCUUAUGGCAUUGAUCUGAAGAACCACUCUGGCACCUUUAUUUUUAUGAGUGUAGAUGUAAAAGGCCAGUUACUAUUGGUCAAUCUGGCACUGCCUGACAAGUAUAACAUGCAGCAAAGCCCCACUAGUACCACAUAGAAACUCUCUGCCACUACCCAACAUUUUGGGAAAAUUUCCAUUCCAUUCACUCAUCCCCCAUAACUGCUCUCUUAGUGUUACUGAUCAUGCACUGAUUACUUCCAGAGCACCUUUUAAGCGUGUAUGGCAUUUCAGCUGCUGGUUCCAUCUAUGCACGCUGGCACAUGGAGGGACUCUUCAGUUACACGGCUUAUCUUUUAAAUUAUCAACACUGCUAGGCUCAUCCUCUGUCAUGUGUCUGCAUGAUUCUUUUCCCGCCCUAGGUCAGCCUCUUGCCAGACGUGCAGUUUGCCACAAUUGGAAUGGAGUAGUCCACUACAAUGUUUUUGUACCCCAGUACCAAUUUUAUAAACCCUGUCUGUUUUAAUUGCAAACUUUCAAUGGUUACCAGCCACUGUGCCCCCAACCAGCUCUCCUGGGCACUUUACAAUUUGAUGGAUACCCUUAAUCCUAUUAGUGUUGACAGCCAAAUGCCAAGUGGGAGCACAAACAAUUUUUUUCCCUAACAAAGAUUUCACUUGUCCCUGGCUUGAUUAAAUUCCACCAACUUUUCAACUGCCAAGAUUUAACAAAACAUACAUACUGUAUUAGAAAUUUUUAUUAUAAAAAAGACAAAAAUGAAAGCAAAAAUGCAAGCUGUCCUUUUAAACUAUGCUUGUUGAGUUAAGUGAGUAUAUACAAUUCAUUAGCCAUAAUCACCCUGAUCUGCAGAGAGAAAUAUUGAUAGAAUUUAAAAAUAUAUGGUCAAUUAAACAGCCGUUAAUGACUGCUGUGUGUGAAAUAUUUACUGUUCUGCAUUAAGGUAAAUAGUCACCUCAAUAAACUGCACUCACUGAGGAUCUCCAAGGCUUAUUUAUUAUUUGUCACGGAAUCCAGGAACCCCAGACUUGCCAAAUGUGUCAAAGGUUAUUGUGUAGUAUGGAAAUAUUUAUUUAUUUUUAGUAACUUAAAAUUCUUAAUAGAUACAUUUAUAAGUAAGUCUACCUCCACUGUAUAUUUAUUUCACAUUAGAGCUUAUUUAUUUGAAAAAAAUCUGCCACCAAAACUUUAGCUUUUUCAAAGUAAGAAAAUAACUCAAGCUGCCCUUUUUUUGAGGUUGUGAUCAUUGUCUCUAUCACUACUGUAAUGGACCCUUUCAUUUCCAACGUAUCAUUCUUGUACCAACUGUGCAAUGCCUGGCAGGAUUACGGGCAAGACAGGAACCAGGAGUGCUGAUCCACUGCCACAUGCACAUUCAAAUGGAGGUAAAUUAGAAUCACAAAUGAACUCCCAUUAUUGAGAUGUGCAAGGAAAAGCAGAGUAUCUGGAGGCAAACUCACAAUGGCUUCUGGGUUGCUGUAAUGCUAACCUCUGCACCACAACACUUCCCAUUUCAUUUCUACAUACAUAAUUUUUACAUAACAAGAAGGCUCAGAGUGUGACACAAACUGUUGCAUGCUAAAUUAGGAGUAAUAAAUUCUACAGCAGAUAAAGUUGUUUUGCUUAGACGUAGCAAUUUUCACAAAUUGGAAAACUUCAGUGUCAUGCACAUAUUUGAACGCAAAGGUGACCAGGGGUCCACAGUCUUAAAAGAAAGAAAAUUUUGGGUAAAUAAAGACCAUUUGGCUCCCUAUUCCAGCCUCAUAACUAUUAUUUUUUAAACCACAAGAGAACACAUUAAAACAUCUUACAAUAAAAUUUUAAUUUCAUUAAACAGUCUACACAAUAGUUUAAAAUUUAAUAACAGCUUCAAACAAAAACAUUGCUCCCUAAGAAUGUAAAAAUUAAUUUUACAAGUCUUAUAUUAUGAGUAUCGCACAGUAGAAAAGAAAAUAUUUAUUACCAUUAAUUAUUGUUAGAUCUCUUUGUCCUUAACAAUUGGCAACUUCACAUUUUACUUCACAAUCAAAAAAGGUCAAUAGAAAAAUGAUUAAGAACCCAUACAAAACUACUGGUAAUCUGUCAGAUUGCUUUAACAUGCAUCAAGCAAUACAAAAUAAAAUCAUUGAUUACCAGUAAUUGUUUGCGUUAAAAGAUUUAACGUAUUACUAAAAAGGAUAUAAAACUAAAAUCCAAAUAAGAAAGACAUUUGUUUAAGUUUUCCAACUUAAUACCCCAACACUUCUUGAUGCAGCGCUAUUGAAAGCAUACAAUAUAAAUUAUUUCUUUACAUUUCACAUCUCUGAUUUUUCAGAAAUACAUCCUGUGAGUUGUAAAAGAGAGAUAGAUUGCUUCAUCAAACACAAGUAGGACAAGAUCUUCUACUGUCAAAUGUAGUAAAUUCUGCAGGUUACAUCCCACAGCAUCUUGAUUUAUCCUUCCAAUCCCUUUUAUCAUGUAUUUUUCCAUCUCCUCAAAAGUAGUUGAUAGAUAGAUAGAUAGAUAGAUAGAUAGAUAGAUAGAUAGAUAGAUAGAUAGAUAGAUAGAUAGAUAGAUAGAUAGAUAGAUAGAUAGAUAGAUACUUUAUUAAUCCCAAGGGGAAAUUCACAUACUUUAAUGGCUUUUGUUGUUAGCAUAGCAGUGUACAGUUCUUACUGGAACUACAAUGUCCAUACAGAAGUUGAUGUAGUCAGUAGUGCAGUCAACAACUUCCUCAAUGUUCUCACUAUGUGAUCCCUGCAGGAUAUCCCAGUCUGUAGUUCCAAAGCAUUCUCUCAGAGCCUUCUCUGCCUCAGGGGACCACUUCCUGAAUGAGCGUGUGGUUGUAGGUAGGACCAUCACUCUUGGUUUGUAGUGAGGCUGAAGCAGAACCAGGUUAUGAUCUGCUUUCCCAAGCGCAGACAGCGGGGUGGCGCUGUUUGCAUCUUUAACGUUUGCAUACAGUAAAUCAAUAGUCUUAUUUCCCCGGGUGUUACAGUCCACAUACUGGGAGAAGGCAGGUAAUGUUUUGUCCAGCGUCACAUGGUUAAAGUCUCCAGCGAUUAGCACAAGCACCUCAGGGUGCUGCGUUUGUAACUUAGCAACAGCAGAAUGGAUGAUGUCACUUGCUGUCUCCACGUCCGCCCGAGGAGGGAUGUAAACAAUAACAACAAUGACGUGUCCAAACUCUCUGGGCAAGUAAUAGGGAUGCAAACUUACGGCCAACAGUUCGAUGUCCCUGAGCAAGUGGAGACUUUGAUGUUAACAUGUCCAGAGUUACACCACCGUGUAUUAACAUAGAGAGCGAGUCCUCCUCCUUUGUGCUUCCCGCAGGUACUUGCAUCUCUGUCCGCUCUAACUGUGCUAAACCCAGGUAGCUCCACGUUAGCAUCUGGGAUGGUGGUAGUUAGCCACGUUUCGCAAAAGCACAGCAAACUGCAUUCUCUGUAGCGCAGCCAGUUCGUCGAUCUUGUUUGAGAUUGAGUUCACAUUUCCCAGAAUCACAGAAGGCACCGAAGGCUUAAAAUGCCACUUUCUCGCAAGCCGUUUCAUUUUUAGCUUAAUGCCGGCAUUGCUGCCACGAUACCGCCUUCUUACCUCGUCUGGUAAAUAGGGAACCACACCGGCACUGGCAUUUGUUCUCAGCGCUUGAAGUUGAGUACUUGAAUAGACGAGUCUCGGCGUGUAAAAAUCCAUGCCCACGUUGUAAAAGUAAGUGUGUCCAGGGAACAAAUCCACAUAAAAUAAAGUGAUAGGAGUGAUCAAUAAAAAAGAGAAAAAUAAAAGUAAAAAAUAAAGUCGUACACGGAGCUGCUGAAAAGGCUGCCAUUCUCGGCGGCGCCUGAGAUGUUAAGUUUGAAGAAUACAUCAGAUAAUUAAACAGUUGGUUUGGAAAGUAUGGUCUGUAGACCACUUGUGGUUUACAUGUGUGAAUUAAGUGGUCUGCAAGGCACUGUUUGUGUUAGUUAUGAUUUUAAAUGCAUAUGGUUUGCUCAACUUAAAGAAUUAAGUGGUCUGCAAGGCGCUGCUGUCCAGCCUAUGUUACAGCAUAAGCACUGUGUCAUCGAACCACUUAAUUCAUCCACCUUCAGAUGAACGUCACUUUCUCCUUGGUUUAUAUCUGUGUAUGGUAUUUGUAAUGCGCUCUUGCUGUGUUGCAUUAAAAUUUUGCAAUGAGUACCAAUAUGAAAAAAAACUGACGACAUCAUAUAGAUUGGCAGAUCAGCCAUUCCUUUAUUCAGCCAACUUUAAUAGCCUGUGUAGCUUAACAAAAUUAUAACAUCAGUGCAGCCUUCUGUGCCACAGGCAUAUUUUUUAUUUAUAACAAUCAGGUUGAAGCCCAGACAGUGUGCUCCUUUAUGAACUUCUCUGGCAUGGUCACGUGGAGUGGCUGUAAGACAACUAGCACAGAAAAACCCAUUAACAACUCUGACUUUUAACUACUCACUGCUCCUGUGUGCUAGCAGUAAUUUCUCACUUGACACUUCGACCCUCUUUUUCCCAUCCAACCAUUCUUUAUCACCAUGCAGGACUCUCUUUUAAAUCCUCCUUCACAUUACGAGGUUCACAUUAGCAGCAUGAGCCCAAACGGGCAAAGGUGUCAGACACUAAAACAUUGCUGUCAGCCCGUAAUUACUGUCUUCAAGGCUAAAGGCCUCUUAGGAAACCUAACACCUUGAAAUACAAAUGUAGUAAGGUUGUUUUUGAAUGCUGUAAUUUUUCACACAAAUCCAUAACAUAGCAUUCUCAACUGCUCAGUUCAGGGUGCAGCCUAUCCCAGUGACAGGAAGCAAACGUGAUUAGGGUGCCACUCCAUUGCAGAAUCUAAUGACACUCAUAUCCAUGCUGGUUCAGUUUCGUUGUAAUAUUGUUACAUAUACAGAGUAAAAAUCUUACUUGUGUCUCUGACCAACAUGCUACAAUUCUUCACCAUCUUUGCUUUUUUUUCUUUGUUUUUAAUAAUUUAUAGCAAAUUUUACUGAUGUGUUAGAGCUACUGGACACUUGAGUUUACCUGAAUGGAUGAAUAAAGUAUCUAUCUAUCUAUCUAUCUAUCUAUCUAUCUAUCUAUCUAUCUAUCUAUCUAUCAUCAAAAUAAGAAUUAUUACCAAAUAUUAAUGUUUCUUCCCAAAAUUUAAGCUGAUUAAGUCCUCUGCACAUUCAAAAAAGUAUAACAUAGAAAAAUAUAGAGAAGUAACCAUUACAAUAAAACCAAACAUCCAUGUUAUUUAAUAGAAAACACAAUAUCAGCUUACCUGGUGCAAUUCUUACUCCUGUAUGAAUGAGUUAUGCUUCCAUUUCCUUAAAAGUUGUAUUAGGUCAACACGGUGGCAUAGAUCAAUCAAAUUCUUUGCCAGGUCACUGUCUGUGCAGAGUUUGCAUGUUCUCCUGCAGUCUGGACUUCCUUCCAUGCAUUCAUUUAACACACACGUGUAUGGGAUGUGUGGAGAGGAAAAGGGCAGAUGGGAUUCACACUGGUGCUAGACUCAGACUCAGGACACUGAUUUCAUAAGACAGCAGGAGUAAUCACUAAAAGGCUAUGUAGUAAAAUAAAGCUGGUGACUGUAACGUGGAAUUUAUUAUAAGAAGUGAGUGUUGCUCGGUAUGAAACAUUCUUAGAGUCAAUGAAAAAUAACAUCUUUCUUUCUAUUCCUAUGUAAAAUCUUACCACCUAUUCUGAAAGCUUGUGUACAGCUGUCAACAGUGCCACCAUUAGGACUUUCAUUAUACACUACUUUUACCUUUUAGUUAUUUUCUAAAUAAAUUUAAGUAGACAGUUAUAAAAACAAAUAAUAAUAUUAGGGAAUGCAUAUUUCGAAAGGGGUUAAAAGUAUGCAGAACCUAACUUUGAAAAAUAACAUCACUUUUUAAAUGUGUGUCUGUAAAAAAGCAAAGCUUUGAAUCAAAAUCUUUAGUUAAGUAUCAUUUAACAGCAGGCAAAGGCACCAAGUGUCAGAUUAAUCCACGUUUACCACGUCGAACUUUGUCAUUCCAUUUGUUUUUACAAAUUAAACAGCAACACAAACAAUUCAGUUGACAAUUUUUAAAGAGCUGUUCUGCCAAUACCAUGUCAUUAGAUGACAUUUUCAGUCAGUACGUCACAUUACAGAUGAGCGUUAGGCGGCCUUUUGUUUCUAUUGAAAAAAAUGGGGCAACAACUACAGUAAGAUAUUUGAUUUUUUUAUUUUUAACUUUCAUAGGUUUCAAGUUUAUUACCAUGUGUACAUAUUGCAAGCAAAACUUGUACUUACAAAUCCAGCAAAAAUAUUGUUCUUUUGUUGAUUUCCAAAAUUAUUUUUGUUGUAUUAAAUAUUUGCUAUUUUCAAGAGAUUACUCCAAAUGUAAUGAAAACAUAGAGAUUAUUUACUUUUUGAUAUACAAUGUUUUAACCAGUGUAUUCCUGUUGUACUUGCUGUGUAUGUUUAAUAAUAUAAUAUAAUAUCUUAUUGAAUAU